UUAUUAUUCUUAAUUUCCAACUUAUACCAAAAACAAUUCAAACACCCAAAAAAUUACAUUUUCCCCUUUCUCUCACUUUCUCUCUCCACCAUCCAUAUUUUCAGUUUUCGCCCCCAGCGUUGAUGGAUCCGUCCCGAUUUUUCAUCGGCGGCAACCCACCCCCGCCACCACCGCCACGACAAUUACAAUCAAAGCCGCCACAACCACCGCCGCCAAAAAAAAGGAACCAAAUCCAAGGCCCUCGUCCUACCGCACUUAAAGUCCACCAAGACUCUCACAAAAUCAAGAAACCCCCACUUCCUCCACCACAGCAACCUGUAAUCAUCUACGCUGUCUCUCCAAAAGUUAUCCACACGGAGGUUUCCGACUUCAUGGCCGUCGUCCAACGCCUGACAGGAUUAUCCUCCGGUGACUUCUCCGGUGACGGCGAAAUAUCACCAGCAGCAAGAUUAGCUGUUACAGAGAAAGCAAGUCCAAGAGAAAGAAACUCUAACACUAACUGUGAUGAAGGUAAUAAUGAUCUAAUGGAUAUGAUAGGAGAAGUGGAAAUAAGUCAAUUUCCGGGAAUCUUAUCUCCGGCGCCAGAGACGUUGUCUCCGGUAUCAUCUGGAUUCUUUUCUCCGGUAAUAGAUCCAAAUUUCUUCAAUGAUGUGAUGAGUAGUCCGUUUGGAAAUAGUAGUUUUGUGGUUAGUCCUUCUGGGUUGUUACCAACUUCUAGUUUAGUUUCUCCUUUACCUUCACCGGACAUCUUCAACUUGUUAAUGGAUUUUUAGGCAAGAGAAGAAAUUGUUGACUUCGAAAAUGGGGUUGACUGAUGUUUGAUUGCUUGACGAAGUGAAUUAGAAGAAAUGUAGAAAAUUUAUUAAUUUCAGUUUUUUCUUUUUAAUUUUUGAUUUUUGAUUUUUGAUUUUUGUUUGUGGCUGUUAUUAUUUUUGUUAUAGGGGAGCUAGGACGUAGUUAUGGGUUGGGCAUUGAUAACUCUGAUUCCAAUUGUACGAACUAUUCAGGUUUUGUAAUUUGUAUUAAUAAAAUUUAAUUAAUUUUAUUAGUAAAUAAGGUUGAAUA